UGCUUUUUUUCUCUGCAAAGAGAGAGUUUUUUUUUCUUCGUCUUGUCUUGUCUCGAUGUUUAUGGCAAACGAAAACCGGGUCAUGAUUAAAUUUCUGUUUCAUUUUCAGUUUAGUUUAAAAUUUAUCGUCAAUCGAUAAGCACGAGUCCAUCACGCAUCAUUACCACGCACGCAUAUCCAUCUAUCGCAGCACCAACGCAUAGUUGCAACUCUCUGCUAUUGAUUCUUUCUGUUUGGAAUGAUCGAAAUAUAAACGAAAAUUUCUUAUUGGAAACGGUUCAUAAUGUCAUCAUUCGACAGAUUCUAGUAAAUCUCUGCUGUUGCAUUGAAACAAAAUCGGCCAUAAAACAAUGAGUGAGUAAAACAAAGUGGCUGCCGUUGAUGGAAAAGCAAAAUUGAGCGAUCAAAUCACAUCUCUCACUGACACACUCAUUCGUGCAUAUAACGCUUUUGUGGUAGCAAUCCGUGUGCUUUGUGUUCAUGUGUGUUAGCCGCAUUAAUUCGUUGAUGAUGAUACACCAAGACAGACCGUUACUGUAGCACGAGUGAUCAGACAUCCAGCGAUCUUGUAACAUAAAUGCUGCACAUCACUCUGUUGCCGCUACAAUUAUGUUUUUUGUGAAUCUUUAAGAGCUGUGUCGUCAUCAUAACUUGGAUCAUCAUCGGUUCGCAUCAUCACCCAUCAGAUUCUGUAGCGAAUAAAAAACGAAACUUACUUUCAGUGUUUUUACUUUCAUUGAAACGAAACGAAAAGAGAUAAACAAAUAAGAAGAGAAAAAACACAAAUUAUUUCACUGCCCGUUGGAAUGCUUGUGCCGUAUAAAAUCCGUGUGUAUGUGGGUGAUAUCGGAAUCGUAAAAUUUUGAUUGGUUCGAAAACGUGCAUAUAAAUAAAAUAAAAGAAAAAAAACUCACGUAAAAAAUUGAGAAACAACAAAUUUUGAUUUUCAGUGUUGAUGAAACGGCUUCUUGUGCAGCAAUACUGUGAGAAAAUGUAUGAAUAAGAUAACGCCAAAGUGAGACAUUUAAUUUAACCCACAAAAUUAAAUUCAAUUUUCGUGAAAAGACUGGCGAGAUUUUAUAAAUGUGUGAAUAGUUUGAUAAAAAUUUUAAAAAAGAUGCAAACAUUAUUUAUUGGAUUAGCUUUGCUCGUAAGCUAUUGCAAUGGUCUCAUCGUGCCGCAGGAGUUGCCAUCCGUGUUAUCGUUAGUCUAUUCAAAUAUUCCGCCGAUAAAAAAGGGAACCGAUUCUCGUGUAGGCUUUGGCUUUCGACUUGGUGAGCAUGCCGACUUUCAAGUGCUAUUGGAGCUUGGUCCCCAGAAAUUUACUAAGCCCUUAGGUUCGUCCGCUGACGACUCGGACACCAGUAAACGUAUGGUUGAUCAAAUCGAUUACAGCAAAAAAAUCAAACCAGUGGAACCGACCCCUGAGAGUGGAAAUAGCUUUUUGAAUAGAUGGGCGAGUGACAUGAAAUCAAAAGCGCCACAAAAAACGUACAAACCGCAAACGGAUACCGCUGAAAAUGAUUCGCUGAAGGCAUUAUUCGGUCCAAAAAAUCAAUAUCCAAUUCCAGCGGCACCUGUAAUACCGGAGACGUCACUGCGUCAGCUACAGCAGCUAAUGUACUCGAAACAAAAUGUUCCCAUUCCACCGGCGGUGGGAACAUUGCCGUCUCGGACGAUGGAAGCGCACAUUGCUCUAGCCGCACGUGAGAGCACUGCCAAACCGAAGAAGAAAGAAACUAAAGUGGAUCUGAGUGAUGUUUCGCUUGAUGAUUAAAUAUGUUGACCAAUAGUGGUUUUUCCAUUAGAUGUUAAAAAAAACAGUGACCGUCCAAACAAGUUGCUGCAGAUGGUGUCAGACGCAAAUUACAUCAUACAGCCGCCGCCACAACCCUUCUUGUGUAAAUUUUGUGCAUAUUGAAUAGGUUAUUUAAAUAAAACCUAAUGUAGGUAUAGACAUCUUUAGUCGCUAAUUCGCCAAGUAGUCUUAGACUAACUCUCCAAAUUACAAUGUAGUAAAGAAAAUCCAUUUAUUUGAAUAAAUUUAGAGACUUUGAUACAGUAAACAAUUCACAAA